UGAGAGUGAGCAUGGGGCAACAGAGUGUCCGAGGAGUGAGAUUCCCACACAGCCACCAUGCAUCAGCACCAACAGAGCACAACCAUGGCAACAGGCAUCGCGUUCUGUGUCAGCAUCUUUUUCCUGCUCUGCAGUUCCAACGUCACCCGGGGUGAGCUGGCUCUGGACUGCUGCCUGAAGGUCAGCCACACCAAAAUACCCACGCAGAUCGUCAGGGGCUACCAGCGGCAGGUCGGCGGCAACGGCUGUGACAUCAGCGCUGUCGUCUUCUUCACCAGGAAGGGCCGCAACCUGUGCGCCCCUCCUGGCCGUCCCUGGGUGGAGACGCUGACCGCCCACCUGGACAAGGAACGGAAAAGGUGCCAGGACAGCGCAUUCAAGCAGGGGAAAAGGUGCAGGACCUUGAGGUUUUGACCGUUCUGGAAACCGCCACAUCUCACCGCGGAGUGCAGCUGCCCAACCGAGUCAUCGAGGCUUCGCCAUGUCGAUGUUUGGGUUAUUCCAGAUAACUUUUCCUACAGUUCAUAAGCUAACUUACCAAAAUUCAUUCACAAGCAUAAACUUCCCGUCCAACUAACUCCAAAAAUAUAGUUAAAAUAGCUGGAUAAAAACACCUGACUUAGUUAUUGCCUGCACAUUAAUAUCGUAGCUAUUAAAUGUUGUUUAUGAAGUACACAUCACAUGUGAUUGGCUGCGAAUAACAAAGAUGCUAGUAGCUUAGCUACCUUGACUAGGUUCAAUUACAUUGGUGCUGACAUCUCUAUUGUUUUUUGUUAAUUGGUGCUGCCAUUCUUUGACUAGCCAGCAGUGUCUACCCAUAGGUAGUCUGCAAAUAUUGCUUCUGGCUUGCAAGUGGCAAGCUAAAGGUUGUGCCAUAUUACUAUAGGUACUAUAUAUAUGCAUUAGCUGAUAAAAAGAUGUCAUGUCAACAAGGUAACUACAGUGAAUGACAAUUCACCAACUAUAACUGAACUUAACUGAGUCAUUUUGAUGUCCCAAGCAUACUUCAUUAUAGUAUUUUUUCACAUAGGGUGCUUGCUAGCUAGGUAUAAUAAUAUUGUAAUGCAGUCGGGGUAAAAAAAAUAAAUGUAUUGCACAGGUAUACUAAUGAUGUAGUGUACAGAUAAACUAUCCUGCAACUCAGAUGUAACGACGCUGUUGCACUGUAAUAGUAUCAUACUAAUAAAAUAAUGUGUAGAAAUAAUGACACUUUAAUGCUGUGGAAACAAUCAUAAUGUAGAAUAACAUAGGUAUACAAAUAAUAUAUUACACAGGUGCAGUUAGUGUUCUACCUUUAUAAUGAUAAUGCUUUGUACAGGUAAAAUGCUAUAGUGCAAUGUAUUUGACUUUUUCCACAAACAUUUCUGUCAGAAAGUAAUUAAGCUUAGAAGCCUAUUUAUCAUUAUGUCCAUUGAAUUAGGGUAGCAAGGAAUUGUUUUUGACACCAGUAUGCAUUUUCUCAUUGUAAUAAUAUGUGCUCCGUGUUUUUGGCUUUUCCUACAAAUGUGACUUUGGAUUAUGACAGAAUUUUGUUUUGAAUAAAAAUGUGUACUGCAUCAAUGUAAA